ACCCAUUCCCUCACUUCCAUCUCUCUCUCUCUCUCUCUCUCUCUCUCCCUCUCUCUCUCUCUCUCUCUCCGUCCUUCCUGAGAUCUGAUUCCUCUCUCUCUCUCUCUCUCUCUCUCUCUCUCUCUCUCGCUUUCCCGCGAAAGCGAUUCUGCGAUCUCUCGCGAUCGUGGUCGGAGCUUGAUCUUAGUAUAAUUCGAGUCCGGUAAAGUAGAAAUGGCGGGAGAUUGGAUCCGUACGGUGACCGCCCAAACGCCGACGAACAUUGCGGUGAUCAAGUACUGGGGAAAGCGUGACGAAAACCUAAUUCUUCCGGUGAACGACAGCAUCAGCGUGACCCUGGAUCCGGCACACCUUUGCACCACCACCACCGUCGCCGUGAGCCCUGGCUUUGACCAGGAUCGCAUGUGGCUCAAUGGAAAGGAGAUUUCCCUCUCCGGCGGUAGGUACCAAAACUGUUUGAGAGAAAUUCGUGCUCGAGCUGCAGAGGUUGAGGACAAGGAAAGGGGCAUCAAGAUCGCAAAAGAUGAUUGGCAGAAGUUGCAUGUUCAUAUUGCCUCAUAUAACAACUUCCCUACUGCGGCUGGAUUGGCUUCUUCAGCUGCUGGUUUCGCUUGUUUGGUUUUUGCUCUUGCAAAGUUGAUGAAUGCAAAAGAAGAUCAUAGCCAACUUUCUGCAAUUGCAAGACAAGGUUCAGGUAGUGCUUGUCGCAGCUUAUAUGGUGGAUUUGUGAAGUGGAUCAUGGGAAAAGAGGAGAAUGGUAGUGAUAGUCUUGCGGUUCAGCUGGUAGAUGAAAAGCACUGGGAUGAUCUUGUCAUCAUUAUUGCUGUGGUAAGUUCCCGUCAAAAGGAGACAAGUAGUACUACAGGAAUGCGUGACACUGUUGAAACUAGUUUGCUUUUGCAGCAUAGAGCAAAGGAAGUCGUGCCUAAACGCGUAGUGAAAAUGGAAGAUGCCAUCCAAAAGCAUGAUUUCGCAUCAUUUGCACAGUUGACCUGUGCAGAUAGUAACCAGUUUCAUGCCGUCUGCCUCGAUACCUGCCCACCGAUCUUCUAUAUGAACGAUACAUCCCAUAGGAUAAUUAGCUGUGUUGAAAAGUGGAAUCGAUCUGAAGAAACACCUCAGGUCGCAUACACUUUUGAUGCUGGGCCAAAUGCAGUUCUUAUAGCACGAAACAGGAAAACAGCAGCUCUUUUGCUCCAGCGGCUGCUUUACUUCUUCCCACCAAGUUCAGAUACUGACAUGAGCAGUUAUGUUCUUGGGGACAAGUCCAUACUGAAAGAUGCUGGGAUUCAGGGGAUAAACGACGUAGAAGCCCUGCCACCGCCUCCUGAAAUCAAAGACAAUGUCCCACCUCCGAGGAAUAGAGGUGAGGUCAGCUACUUCAUCUGCACUAGACCAGGGAGAGGGCCUGUUUUGCUAUCCGAUGAAUCCCUGGCUCUUCUGGACCCAUCGACAGGGCUCCCCAAGUAAAAGAAGUCAAGAAUGGGCGCUGUUGUAAUAUACUUGAUCGGGUGUCUGUCAUAUCGUGCUAGCUGAUUUUUCUUCAUCCAUUAAUUUCUCUGUCACAACACAAUGUCUGAGCGGCAUAAGCAGCGUGGUCAUUGUACCCAUAAACUUCUUUCUUUACCGGUUAAUUUAAUAAUUCCUAUGUUCCAACC